UUUUGUGUAUGGGAUUUCCAGGAAGACCAGGACGCCAUAAUUUGGCUUACUGAUGGAAAUACCCUUUGGCAAACUCUAUACUUAGUUAUUUUAAUGUAUUACCUAUAUUGUAUUGUUAUGCCAAUAAACUAUUAUUAUUAUUAUUAUUAAUUCCCAGAAAUUUUACGGUUACAGUUUUUCUGUGUAUACCUUAUUCUGUAAUAUUGUAUUUUAAAAAUGAUGUGUCAUCAGCAUAUUGUAAUGUAAUUGCUGUCUAUAAAUUUAUUGGUAAAUCGUUGGUGUAUAUAAUAUAUUGCAAAGGACCAAGCACUAAACCUUGCGAAACACCUGUACGAUCUGUUAGAUAGGAUUCCAUUAUUUUAUUAGCAACGCCUCUUAUGCCAUAGUAGCUUAACUUUCCCAACAGUAUCUUGUGGUCAACUGCGGUCACAAAAUAGUGCUUCAUCUUUUUAUCAAAAGCUUAUAAUAUAGAUUCGAUAAUGCUUGCCCCUGCAGUUAUCGUCGAUCUUUGUCUGCGGUAGCAGGUGUGAUUUUCGUUCCACAUACUGCCGCUAUCAAAGUAUUAUAAGUAUUCUGCUGUCUGUGUAUACUGUGAUAUCGUCAUAUCAAAUAUUGUAUAAGACUUCCUUGAAUAUUUCUUCAGAGUAGUGGUUGAAUAAAAGUGGAGAAAGAAUGCAGCCUCGAAGAAUUUUAAUUGCAAAUUUCUGUAUUGAUCUUAAUGGUAGUUGACUGGUUCCUGUAGGAGUUUCGUUUGAUCCUCCAUCUCCAUGUACUCCGAAACCUCCACCAUCUUUUCAUUCUCUGAUGGAUGAUUUUAAGAAAUAACUGGAAUGUUUCCAUUUAUUAAAUAUGUUAGUCAAGAAUUUAAUAGAUUUAUCAUCAAAAAGCUAGAUUCUGAGUACAUUUCGUCUAAUCCCAGAGCUUUUCCUUCUUUUAAAGUGAGAAUGACGACUUUGAUUUAAUUUGUUAUGAUAUUAAGUCCAGAUUAAGAUCAAUUUAAACUCAUUAUCUCAUAAAUGUUGUAUGGGAAUAAGAUCUUGUGGUUGUGGAGGUGUGUAACUGAUGAGAAACAUAAAAUAUUGUACAAAGAGAGAGAACUAAAAAGAAAGGAAGAAAGAUACUGGUUAAGCACGUUUAAAAAAAAAUUGUAUAUUUGAAGAGUUUAAGGAAAUAACACGUGUUUUAUACCUUUAAUGUGAAAUAAAAGUUGUAACUGUAAGUAGAAACAUAACUAAAACAUAAAAAAUCGAUUAAUAGUUAAAUAUUAAAUGUUGAUUAAAUAAUUACAAUUUAAUUCUAGCUAUGUUAGUAGCGUUUUAUCGUGAUCUUUUAAAUCAUUUUAUGCAUUCUUCUAUCCGUAUACACACCUUACUAUAGAGGUAAUAUUUCUUUUUGUCUUUUAAUAACUUAAUUAAUAUUUUUUUUAGCCAACAUAAAUUUCUACUACAAUUUGUAUCUACAGUUCUUGCAUACAUAACAAUCUCGUUUAUGUUAAUAAUUAAUAUAAAGUGUUAAGCUAUUAAUUAAUAUAGCUUUAAGCAGAAUUGGAACAAAAAUGCUUUUAUAUAAAAACAUUAUCAGUUGCACAAAUGUCUUUAUUAAGGUAACAAAAGUUAAUUUAAAAAAAAUUACUCUUACAUUUUUUUUAGGAAAUGUUAACUACUCACACGUUUUUAAAGGAUCAUAAACUUCCCCUUAAAAUAUUAUCAACAAUUCUCGCUUGCUUAACACUAUUCUUAUUAGCUCCAAUUAUUUUAAUUUGUUUAAUUAAAAAUAACUUGAUCAAAUUAUUUUUGAAUCUUCGUUACGAUGGAAAAUGUGGAAUCGUUUCGGGCGUGGAUUCAUAUUUUGAAUGUAUAAAGAAUCAACCUUCUUAUGUGAGCAUAAUAGAACAUUCUGGAUCAAUCGAAGAAUUACAAACUAUCAUCAAAAAAUCUACAAGUCGCUUAUUACAAUCCCAUUAUAAAUUUUCAAGCACAAUUCAUAACAUUUUUGGAGUAUAUUAUUAUUUAAAAAAUCAAGUUUUUUUAAAUGAUGUAUUUUCCAUAGAAAAUAUUGAUGUUUCGAGUAAAGAUCUUCUUAAAAAUUAUUUGGAAAAGCAUUGUUUUUCCGAUUUUGGUGAUAAAUCGUUAUGGAAAGUUGUACUGUUUGAAACUUCGAUAAAAUGGAACGAAAUGGAUAACUCAAAAACUUAUUACGCGAUUUUAAUCAGAUUUAAUCAUUGUUUGGGUGAUGCAAUAGCUUUAUCGAUGUACCUCCAACAAUACUUCUACAACAACGUUAAAAGCAAAUAUUUCGAAAAAUUAAGAAACAAUUCAAAAAGUAAAGAUGUAUUUAAUAGAAGCAACUUAGGAAGUCUUUUAUUUCCUGGCUCUAAAUUAAAUUACACCGAAAUAAAUUUAUUCCCAUCUCACCAAAAAUUAGCUAUGUUUAACGAAGAUGAACCAAGAUACAUCCAUUUAAUUAAAUACAUAAGUAAACAAUUAAAUUGUUCUUUUACGGAUGUUAUUACAAUUUGUGCUAUGUCGAGUAUCACUAAUUAUUUAAAAUUGGAAGGAGUUAAAACCACAAACUUCAUAGUUGCGAACACAUCAAGACCUCGCCACGGAGAUAAUAUCAAUUUUAUUUUGGAACAGAAAGAAUUAUCAAAUAAUUUCACAAUAGAAGCUUUUAAUUUGCCACUAAAACAGCAAAAUAUAUUAAUCAGAUUUAAAGAAAUUUUGCCUAUUUUAACGGAUGGAAGAAAUUCUGACACGGCACAAAUUAUUUAUUGGAUUACAAAGUUAUUAUCGUUCUUACACCCAAAAUUAUUGAGGAAAAUUACUCGUUUAAACUCAAUAGGGACCACAUUGGCAAUCACAAAUAUCCCAUUUGCCGAUUAUUGCAAAAUCGGGACAAGUGCGGUUAAAACUAUAUUCGCAUUCCCUAACAAUUUCGAAAAUACAAAAUUCCUUUUGGUGGUGUCCACGUUUCAAGAUAAAUUACAAACCAUCCUGAUUACAAAAAAAAAUCUAAAGGUAUCUGGGGAAAAACUACAAGAAAUAUUAAACAAUUGUUUUUUAAAUAUUAAUCGUCUUUAUGAGGAAGUGAAAUUAAAUGAAAUUAAAUAAUUAGUGUUUAUCAAAAUUUUGGAAUUAAUUUUAUGAAAUAAAAAUUUUGAAGAAAAUGACCUUUGCUUCUGUUAUGACGGAAUUAUUCUUGAUAAUAAUAAUAAAUCCAUUAUUGCCUAAUUAAUUCAUACAAGUAUUACAAACAAAUAUUUCAGUAGCAAACAUUUCACUUUUUUUUAAUGUCUUCUAUGUCAUUAGUUUCAUAUUCUCUGGUAAUUUAUUAUACAGAGAGAAACCUGAUGUUUAGGUGGCCGAUACACUUUUGCAUUUUUAGUUUCAUAAUAAUGAACAUUAAAUCCUUUCUCCCAUUGCUCCUCUCUCUCGCUUAUGUGCAUAAUACACACAAAUAUACAGGGUGUAUCUGAAUGACAUGCCCAAACUUCAGGGUGUGAUUCUUUA